UAACCCUGGACAGUUGUACCCUGUUGUGACGAUACGGUGAAGAUGAACUUUCUUCGUUUCGCUUUCCCCUUGGCGUUGCUUGUAGCAGUUCAGCUAACCACUUUAACAUGGGCUGCGACGAAUGUGACAAAAACCUCAGGAAAAGAUUACGAUGAGCAAGGAGAACACCUGGGUGAACAACCAGUACGUCGCGUAGUACCAGCGUGCGAUCUUGACUCCUUCUCAUUGGGUGAUAAAAAACCAACCUUUCCAGAGCAGCCAGGUGUCACCCUUCCCCUCUGCCCAGACAAUCAAUAUGCCAUUUUCUAUAAUAAUAAUUGGGGAAUUGCACGGUACACACUCUACAAGAUUACCGCCGCACAAGCCUUGAAAGCCAAGACAAACCCAGUACCAAGACCUAAUGACCCAUGGCAACUGGAUAAGACGCCAGGGAUUCGUCAAGGAAGCAGUGCAUUGUAUCAAAACCAACCUUUUCCGGGUAGAUACCACAAAGGUCACCUCGUUCCUGUUAACAUCUUACGUUACAGCGAUGAAAGUGUUCGUGCCACUUUCACCUACACCAACUGCGUGCCGCAAAUUGGGAAUUUCAACACAGGUCAGUGGAAAAAGUACGAACUAAAAAUAGGGAAAUAUGCUCAGGACUAUUGUGCUCCAAUAGGCGGAACUCUUUACCUGAUCACUGGAACAUCACAAGUUAAAUUUGAUGAGAAACUUAAUCUUCAAGGCGAAAUAACCGGGGUGGAUAAGUCGGUGGAUAAAAUGGAGUUGUUCCAUGGCAACGUGGAUGCACACCAAAAGAUCGAAAUUCCAAACUCAAUGUGGACGGUGGGCUGUUGCUUGAACUUGAAUACCAAUCAAGUCGUGGGAGCGUUUGGCGUAAUGGGUGAUAAUUCUUUAAACAAAAAGCCCUUAAAUAAAUUUAUGAUGUCCCAACAAAACGUUGCAUAUGUUGAAAGCGCCCUUAAAUCAGAGAAUCCAACAGUUAAGUUGUUUCCUUACGGCGAGGGUUGUUAUAAGUUAGAAAAUAACGUUGAAUUGAAUAAGAUAUAA